AUGUCCAGGCCCACUGACGACCUGCAUGUCCCAUCCAGCAGAAAGGCAAUCUCGAACCCUUCCGAAAGAACAGUUUGCAACCAUCACCACGGCCAGUCCUGGCACGACACGACUUUACGGAUCGCUCGAAGGAUUGCCAAGCAACAAGUCAUCCUCGACAACGAAGCUGCCGACCGGAAGAAAGCUUCUCGCAGGCGGACCGACGAUAGAGAAGCUCCUCGCAGGCGUACCGACGAUAAAGAAGCUCCCACCCUAGCUUCGGCCUCGACAAGCGCCUCACUCCGCGAACGCGACUCCGUCAGCGCACACGACUCAGUCAACGCCCGCAGGAAGAGGUCCGUCUUCCUCCAGAACGCUCUUGGGAAGUUCAGCCAGCACUCCGAUCUUAAAAUACUUCGCCAGCCCGUCGUCGAGCAGCCUGACCCUUCGGCGCCCGCGACCAGGCGCAUUCAGGACGACGCGGCGACUACUCGAGCCCGCAAGUAG